AAAAGAAUUGAGCAUGUUAUACAGCGUUCUGAAUAAACAACAUACCUUUCUAUCCGGCGUUUAUGAACAGAAUCAGGAUUCCUUGAAUGGAAUGAAAAAGCUGCUUGUGGGAAUAAUGAUUGCUAUAUCCUUAAUAUUUUUCACCUCCUCCUCUGUGACUUUGGCGUCAAAUUGCAAUAACCCGCUUGAUUUUGAUAUUUAUCAAUCGAAGAAUUUUAAGAAAGUAGGUUUGGGAAAUAUAACCGAAAAUAUAAAAUGGGCACUCCAAAAUACAAGUUUGACAGAAGAUGAAGAUCAGUUGGUCAGAGAUUUCCUCUCAAUUGAUAUUACUUCUGUGGAAUUGAAAGUUGUACAAAAAGGACCACUGGAGAUAUGUGCUGUUUCACUAAGUAUUAGAAAAUGCUUUGAAAUACGAUGUGACUGUCAGAAUGUCCCCGGAGAGGGUGGUCUACGUACAUCUAACAUUAACCCACUAUGUUCAGCCAAAGAACAUACUAGUUCACUACAAGAUCGCCCAUGUCAAGAAAACAAUACAGUAGAAACGUCUGAAAAUAAAACAUCGAAUCAUUAUCAAUCAGAGGGGACAUCUUCGAAGGCUGAAAAAAGUUUCAAAGAUCAAAGCACAGGUUUCACUUCUGCUACAUUCAAUUUAAUGCAAAGUGAAAAAGGAAAAGACUUUUCUCCGUGGUUCACAACAGGCGUAUUUGUCGGGGGAUUUGUGUUUGGACUGAUAAUAUCUAUGACUUUUUCUUAUUUAUGCAAUAGAAGAAGAAGGACUGGGGCAGAGAAAGAGAAGCCUGAAUAUUCCAUGGGACAGGAUAUACCUUUACUCAACUCACACCUACCUGUAAAAGACACACCAGUGUAUUCAGAAAUUUCAGAACAAAAACAAAAUAAUAAGGCAAGUAAUUCAAGAUCAAGCAUAUUUUUACAAAAUUAG